UUCCUCCCUUUAAUUUUCUUCUUUCUUUUUUUUUCCGUUAAUAUUCUUCAUCUCAUCCACCCUAUAUAUAAAUCUUUACAUAUAGUCUUUUUCUUCUCUUCUCUUUUCUCUAACCAGAAAUUUAGGAAUUCGCUACUCUUGACUUAGCUUAAUUUCUUUACGCAAUCGACGAUCAUCAUCAAACCGUCAUGGAUUUUAAUUGGGACGCUGAGCAUAUAUUUCAACUGUAUAUGCAUGAUUAUAUGGUGAAAAGAGGAAUGCACAAAACCGCUGAGAUUUUCAGGAAGGAAUGCAAUCUGACUGACACUGCUGUUACACUUGAUUCUCAUGAUGGGUUCUUGCUCGAAUGGUGGUCUGUUUUCUAUGAGAUAUAUAUGUCUAGGGCUAGACUAGCGAAGGAUCAGGCGACUGGGGCAGAAUCUUCUAGGAAGGUCCCAGGAACUACAUGUAAUGCCGGAAUUAGUGUCCCUCCAAUCCCUCGAUCAUCCAUGAGUGAGCAGAGACCUGACCAAUGUCAUGUCAACGCCAGAUAUAACAGGAUGAUGGCACAACCAGCUGCAUGUGUACUACCAUCUACACUGAAUGCAAAAGAGCAUCCUGGAUAUCUGACUGUAGAUGCCGCCAGAGCAAACAAUUUGAAGCUGGCUGUGACCAAUUCAAGUAAUUCGCUGCAAGAUGUAGGGAAUAAUGCUCAGAGGGAAGCUUUUAAGGAUAUUUGCAUCGGAAGGGACGUAUCUAGGGACCCUCUAGAUGUAGCCCAAAGGACAUUGCAAUAUAAACCAAAUACUGGUGAAUCUUUCAAUCGAAUGCCAAUUAACGGCUGGCCAGUAAAUAACCAAGUAUUAACCUCAUUUUUGCGAGCACCAAACUUUCAACAGCAAUUUCAAGCGCAGACAAUGCAAAAUCCGGAAGCAAUUCCUGCUCAUGUACGUGCAGGUAGUCCUAAAAGUCAGAGUUUCCCAGUUCCUGGAAACUCUGUUGAGUGCAACAAUCAUCACACAAAGGUUUCCGAGGCUGAAUUAAGCAUAAAAGAUAGGCAGACAAUGGACCCAAUGAUUAGGGAUAAGCAACCACAGAUGCAGUCUCAGAAUGUUGAGGUUGUACCCGUUCCUCAUCAGAAGAGCAAAAAGAGAAAGGCAGCGAUACCCUUGAGGACUGGAGAAAGUGCCAUGGAUUGUGUAGAUGUAGAAGAUGGAAAGCCUAUGGAUGAAAGUGUGGAGUCUUUCCUGUCAUUCGAAAAUGAACAUGCUGAUCAUAGAGUUGUGCCUUUCAGCAAUCUGACUCGUAUUUCAGCUGCACGUGGUAAAAAUGAAAAUAAAGGUUUUUCAUUUGAAGAAGUCAGUUGCCUUCACUCAAGCAAAAACAAGGUUUUAUCCACCCAUUUUUCAUGCGAUGGAAAGGUUUUGGCAAGUGCUGGACAUGAGAAGAAGGUUUUCAUUUGGAACAUGGAAACCCUUAAUUGUGUUACUACUACAGAAGGACAUUCACAUCUCAUUACAGAUGUUCGGUUUAGGCCAAGUUCUACUAUAUUUGCAACAUCUUCCUUUGACCGAUCUAUAAAACUUUGGGAUGCAGCCAGACCCGGCAAGUCAUUGUUCCAACUCGACGGUCAUGCCGACCAAGUAAUGUCAUUGGACUUCCAUCCAAGGAAGCCUGCCAUUCUUUGUUCAUGUGAUAGCAAUGACAUAAUUCGUCUGUGGGAUAUCAAUCAGCGUACCUGCUUGCAUACUACUAAGGGAGGCGCUAGUAAACAAGUCAGGUUCCAGCCUCGUAUUGGGAAGUUUCUGGCUGCUGUGUCCGGAAAUAAUAUCAAGAUAGUUGAUUUUGAGAGCAAUAGAUUUAUGUACCACCUAAAGGAUCAUGUCAAAGAUGUUCUUUCCAUUUGUUGGGACAUGAGUGGAAACUAUGUUGCCUCCGUCAGUGAAGAUUGCGCACGUGUCUGGUCUGUUGCAGAUGGAAAAUGUAUAAGUGAAUUGAAUUCCACUGGGAACAAGUUCCAAUCGUGUGUAUUUCAUCCAGGAUAUCAUAAUCUCUUAGUAAUUGGUGGCUAUGAGUCCCUGGAAUUGUGGUGUACAACAGAGAGCAGUAAAACAUUGACAGUUCCUGCACACAAGGGACUAAUUGCUGGACUAGCACAUUCACCCCAAGAUGAAAUGAUUGCCUCAGCUAGCCAUGAUCAUUGCGUGAAACUCUGGAAAUAAGGACUUGGUGCAUAGUUCAUUGCCGUAGUUUAAAUUUUUAGGACCUUUUUCUGAUAAUAUUUCUUUUCUGGAAAUUCUUUUUUCUUUCAGAUUAUGUUGUUUUACAGGCAAACGGGUACUAUACGACAUUAUAUGACAGGAAUUGGUAGAUAGUUUACAUAGGCAAAGAUACAAUAAACGAUUGCGCAAAUUAUUGUACAGUUGCAUCUAUCAUAGACUUAAAAAGUUAAAAUCAUAACCAAAUAAA